AUGCCAUCAGUUGCAGAAGCAAAAGAUUUAGAAGUAGAAUCAUACUCGGUGGUGACGAAUGUCAAUAUAAUUAAUGAUCCAAAAUUAAAUCAAUAUGAUACAAUUGAAAUAUCAAAAGAUUUAUUCAUAAAAUUAUUUCCAACCAUUUCUGAAAAUGACAUAAAUUACCCAAUUCAUACCCCACAAUCAACAUAUAUUUUAAUAAAACUUUUAGGAGCUCCUGAUUUUUUUGACAGGUUUCAAAUUUUAAAAGUUGAUAAAGUAUUAUUUAAAUUACAAAAUUCUAUAAAUUUCAUAAAUAAUUCAAAUUUAGUCAAAUUUAGUAAUGAUUCAUUAACUUUCAAUAAAGCUAUCUUAAAAUCCAUAUCCGUCAACGAAAUUCCAAAAUUAAGUCAAAUUUUUAUCUCGGUGCCUAAUGAUAUUUAUCACUUACUAAAAAAUAAAUCUCAACAAUCUUUAAAACAAUUAUUUAUUACCCAAUUUUUACAAGAAAAUGGCAAUGUUAUUAAUGAAGGUGAUUGUGUUAGAGCCAUAAAUGGUAAAGCUAAAUUAUGUGAACCUUUAGCUCAAGGUAUGGUUGAUUUUGAUACCAACUUUGUAUUAAUUAACCAAAAUGAAGAACCACCACAAGAAGAUAUAUUAGAUGAGUUAGAGGUAAAAGAGUUAGAGCCAUUAGAUUUAUCUUCCUAUUUAUCUUUUAGUUUACAAUUUGAUAAAGAACCACAGCAUUCACCAGCAAAGUUUUUGGUAAAACCUUUACCAGAAAAAAUGAAUAUUGAUGAUUUACCACAACACUUAUCAAAAGAAGAUACUGAAUUGUUUGUAUAUAUUAACAACUCGGAUUUCAUGAAAUUGGGGUUUCCCAUUUAUAAUGGAGAUCUUGUUAAAAUUAAAACACCACUAGAGACAAUAAUUGUGAGAAUUUUCAGUUUUAUUGAACCACAGGCAUCUUUUGCAAGUGGAUCUGUAUAUACGUCACCAAUUUUAUUAGUUAAUUUACAACUACAAAAAGAUACCACUAUAGAGUUUGAACAAGUAUCAAAAAAUUCGUCUUUAACUUCAAUCAUCCCAAUUGCAGAAUCUGCUACAAUUUCAAGAGUAAGUUCACAAAUUACAAUGGAUAAAACAUUUCAAACUAAUUUUUUCUCAAGUUUAAAAACUAUUUUAAGUGAUCAAUUAAAAUGUGUUAAAGAAGGUGAUUACUUCCCAGUGGUGAUUGAUACGGUUUUAUCCAAAAUUAUGUUUGACAAUAUACCUGAAGAGAAUAAUCAAGAAAAUGAAAGCACAAACGAGCAUAAUAAUGAUGUUAUACCUAUUGGUGAUCCAGAUGCAGUUGCAUGGUUCAAAAUUACAGAAAUUAAAGGUACAAACAUUGUUGGCACCAAUCAAUUUCUUAUUGAUCCAACAAAGACUUUACUUGUCUCUUCGGGGGUAGAAAGUAGUAAAUUACCAAUAAAUAACUACAACAAUUGGUAUCAAUAUUUAAACUUACCACCAAUUUUCAAAUAUUCAGGAGAAAAAGAUUUCAAAUAUGCGCAAGAAUUUUCAAAAAUCUUAGAAACUUGUACUUCAUCAAAAAUUAAUUUGAAAACUAGCAUAUUAUUAACUUCAAUGAGUAGAGGAAUUGGUAAAACUACUUUAGUGAGAAGCACAUGUAUAGAAAUGGGGUUAAACCUUAUAGAGUUGGACUGUUUUGAUUUUAUAAACCCUGGUCAAGAAUUGAAAACAAUUGGAUUAUUAAGUGGUAAAAUAGAUAAAUUAAUUGCUUUGGGAACUUCCAAAACCAGUGCAUUUCAUGUCAUAUAUUUGAAACAUAUUGAGAAUUUAUGUCCUAAAACAGAUGAAAAUGAUCAAAACUCAAGUAUUUUCACAUCUUUAUCAUUAAAAAUUAUACAACUCAUCAAUGACUAUCUCACAACUUAUUCAAAUUUGGUUUUUGUUAUGAGUUGUAAUGAUUAUGAUAAACUAAAUGACAACCUCAAAUCAAUUUUAAAAUUCACUAUAGAAUUUACAGUCCCAACAGAAAACGAAAGAUUAGAAAUUUUCAAAUACCUUAUAGAAAAUGAAAAACAUAAACACACAGCAAGGGAAUUAACUUCGUAUCCAUUUGUUAUCAGAAAAGAUAUCAAUUACAAAACAUUAGCAUUGCAAUCAGCUGGUUUAACUCCAAGAGAUCUUAUAUCCAUCAUUAAAAAAUCCAAAAAAUUAGCUAUUAAAAGGUUACUCAAAUUAUCAAAGAGUCUAAACAUUCCAAUUGAGAAACUAACUAAUAUUGGAAAUGGUGGUAUCAUCACUUGGAUACCAGAGGAUUUUGAAUUAGCCAUAAAUGAAGCAAGAAACCAAUUUAGUGAUUCUAUUGGUGCUCCAAGAAUCCCAAAUGUUAAAUGGGAAGAUAUUGGAGGAUUAGAUUUAGUCAAGGAUGAAAUCUUAGAUACUAUAGAUAUGCCAUUAAAACAUCCAGAAUUAUUUAAUAACGGAUUAAAGAAGAGAAGUGGUAUAUUAUUUUAUGGACCACCAGGUACUGGUAAAACUUUAUUAGCCAAAGCUAUUGCAACAAAUUUCUCACUUAAUUUUUUUUCAGUUAAAGGUCCUGAAUUAUUAAAUAUGUAUAUUGGAGAAUCAGAAGCUAAUGUUCGUAGAGUUUUCCAAAGAGCAAGAGAUGCUAAACCAUGUGUUAUAUUUUUUGAUGAAUUAGAUUCUGUUGCUCCUAAAAGAGGUAACCAAGGAGACUCUGGUGGUGUAAUGGAUAGAAUUGUUUCUCAAUUAUUAGCAGAAUUAGAUGGGAUGAGUAGUGAUGGAGGUGAUGGAGUGUUUGUCGUUGGUGCAACAAAUAGACCUGAUUUAUUAGACGAAGCAUUGUUAAGACCUGGUAGAUUUGAUAAAAUGUUGUAUCUUGGUAUAUCAGACACUGAUGAAAAACAAACUAAAAUUAUGGAAGCAUUAACUAGAAAAUUUAAAUUAGAUGAUAAUGUGAAUUUAGAAGAAAUAGCUAAGAGAUGUUCAUUUACAUAUACUGGUGCUGAUUUUUAUGCCAUAUGUUCAGAUUCAAUGUUGAAUGCAAUGACAAGAGUUGCAAAUGAAGUUGAUGAAAAAAUUAAAAUAUAUAACAAUGAGUUAACUUUACAAAAUAAACCAGAAAUUAAUUCAAGAUGGUGGUUUGAUAACGUUGCGACAAAAGAAGAUAUAACAGUUUCUGUAAAAAUGGAAGAUUUUAUAAAAGCUCAACAAGAAUUAAAUCCAUCAGUUUCUGCAGAAGAAUUACAACAUUAUUUAAAAGUUAGAGAAAAUUUCGAGGGUGGUAAAGAAAAAGCUCAAAAUGAACAAGAAAAUGGAUCUAUAGAAAUAAAUGGUAAUGGUCAUUAG